AUGAAUCCACAGGAGCGUCAUGCUAGCAUGCUACGUCUUGCCGAGAGAUAUCAGCUGCUACUAUAUUUUUCGAUGCUGAGGGUGAAAGCUAAGAUCAAGGCACUCCACAGGAACUUCCGAGAGUUCGUCACAUUUCUAGAGACUUUCGGUGUGAACUUGCAGGCGGAAUCCGGACUAGUGACUGUGAAUUCUACGUAUUGGGCUUACGUGGGCCUGGAAACGAACUUGGAAUACUAUUUCCGUCAUGUGGGUUUCCCAUGGUACGAAGAGUGUGUUGAGCUGUGGGAUGUUAGAGGUGCUGCAAGUGUGCUCAUCGAGGCUGGUGAAAGACUGUAUGACCCUAUCAUGUUUGACGACACGGAUGACGAAUAUGAGGCUGCCGGUGACGGCAACGGGGCAGACGGUGGUCAUGGUGCUGAGGUGGCUGUCGGGAAUGAAGACGGUGAUGGGGCCGACGGGGUAGACUACAUGAACGGCACGGCCAACAAGGAGGAGGCCGGGGAGGAAGAAUAUGAGGAAGAGAACGUGGCCGAAGCCGCCGCAGUCGAGUUGGUUGACAUUGAGUCGGACGAGGCACCAGAUGAAAUGGAUAUGGACACAGACGUGGACUCCUGCGUUGACUCCGACUAG